AUGGAGACAUCUAUGGUGUUGACGCGUGCUAGCUUAACAUUUUUUAUGGUUUGGAUUUUCUGUAUAUCAUCUACAGCAUGUUCCGAAACGUACAAGCCUCUAAGGACAGACCCGAAAGCUAUGAAGGAGAGGUACGAAAGGUGGCUGCAAAAAUAUGGCCGGAUAUAUAAAAAUAGAGAGGAAGCAGAAUACCGUUUUGGGGUUUACAAAUCCAACAUUGAGUUUGUUGAUUUCGUAAAUUCUCAAAAUCUAUCAUACAAACUCACUGACAACAAAUUUGCAGAUAUCACAAACUUAGAGUUUACAAACACCUUCAUGGGUUUCCAAACUAGGAGUCAUCCGAAAACGAAGUUCAGUUAUGACAAAGAUGACGAUCUUCCGACUGCAGUGGACUGGAGAAAGAAUGGUGCAGUAACUCCAAUCAAGAAUCAAGGCCAAUGUGGAAGUUGUUGGGCAUUCUCUGCAGUAGCAGCUGUGGAAGGCAUUAACCAAAUCAAAACUGGAAAAUUGGUGUCACUAUCAGAACAAGAGCUUGUGGACUGCGAUGUCAAAACCGGGAAUGAAGGCUGCAAUGGUGGAUACAUGGAAAAAGCGUUUAGUUUCAUAAAAGACAACGGACUCUCAACUGAAAAGGAUUAUCCUUACAAAGGAUCAGAUGGCAUAUGUGAUGAAGAUAGUUUGAAAAACCGUGCUGUGAACAUUAGUGGCUAUGAAAGCAUACCUGCCAAUAGUGAGAAAAGCCUCCAAGCUGCAGUUGCACACCAACCUGUCUCUGUUGCAGUUGACGCUGCCGGUUAUGCGUUUCAACUCUAUUCUUCAGGUAUCUUCACUGGCCAAUGUGGAAAGAAUCUCAACCACGGGGUCACAGCGGUCGGCUAUGGGGAAGAUAGUGGUAAAAAAUACUGGAUUGUAAAGAAUUCUUGGGGUCCUGACUGGGGUGAAUCUGGUUAUAUAAGAAUGACACGUGAUUCAGUUGAUAAGAAAGGUACCUGCGGCAUUGCCAUGCAGGCUAGCUACCCUGUUAAGGGUUGA